AUGGUGCGCCACACUACUCUCUGCUCCAUUUUCCACAGAGACGUCUCGUUUUUGCAGAAUUCUUCGAACACCGGCGGUACCGAAGUCAGUGAUCCUCUCCUCCUUCUGAUGCCAAUCUUACCACCCGCCAGCCCAACAAAAGGACACACAGACUUCUACUGCUUCCAACUUCUUGGCUUCCAUCUUAAACUUGUCUCACAAACCUAA